AUCGGCUUGUCCAUUUUCUCUUUCGAAGUCUUGGCACGCAAACACCAUGCCGACAGCAACGUCCCUCUCAGGCUAUAGCCUAACAAACAACGGCCCGCUGACUACAACAUUCACUGCACCAGCAUCAUGUUCCACUGCCUAUGAGACCAUGCUCGGUGCCGCGACAGACCCAACUUUUCUCCAAUGGGAAGCUCAAUGCGAAUGGCUCCCACCGGCGGACUGCAACCCUUCCGGUUCCGCUAUUCAGUCCAUCGACUCUUCCGGAGAAGGGGGCAACCCAACUGCUGGCAUGAUCAUCGUCUAUCACUCGCCGGGACUUGUCUGCCCUUCCGGCUGGGCUACCGUUGGUGCGGCAGCCAAGCUCAACCCGACAUCGACUAGCAUCUCUGGGGCUUUCAACCAGUUUGCUGCGAUCCCCACCGGUUACCAAAGUGGCUUCUUCGAGCCAGAGCUAGACGUCUUCCUGGAAGCUCUUGACCCUGGCGAGACUGCCGUCGUGUGCUGCCCUAGUUCUUACACGACCAUCGGUGGUGCGUGCUACUCGACGCUCCCGAGCUCGGUCUUUAGUCCGACCUUUGGUUGCGAGAGACUCCUACCCGACAGCGACGUGGGCAUCGUAAACGGCACAUGGACCAUUGCUGGACAGACCAUCACCGGGGGCCUCGAAACGAUCACCGCAACGGCACCGCUAUCAACAGUGACGACCUCGUUUCCGCCCUCGGAAGCGACUUCAUACGUCGGGGUCGCGGUUAAUGACAUGUUCAUCCUGGUCCACCAGGCUUCUGAUAGUGCAAGGGGUUCGACAGCAUCGAGUACUUCUAAGACGAAUUCAGCCGUGCGCGUGAGAGGCAAUGGGAAUAAACUAGGUAUUAUUGCCACUGUAUGCUGCCUGGCGCUCGCUCUUGAGACUCUCCUCGGGUAUAACUAGUACCACGUGUAUUCAAUAACCUUAUAGCUCCGAGCUUUAAAUAAUCAGUCUUAUUAUACAAAUGAACUUAGCUAGUCUGUCU